GGCCGGGCGAUGGCGGCGCGGCGGCGGGCGCUCGCUCCCUGAGCCCGGGGCCCGCACGGCGCACCAUGGCCUCGCUGGGGCCGGCGGCCGCGGCGGAGCAGGCGCCGGGGGCCGAGGCGGAGCCGGGCCCGCCGCCGGCGCCGCCCGGGGCGCUGCUGCCGCUGGCGCGGGAGCCGCUCUACAACUGGCAGGCGACCAAGGCGUCGCUGCGGGAGCGCUUCGCCUUCCUCUUCAACUCGGAGCUGCUCAGCGACGUGCGCUUCGUGCUGGGCAAGGCCCGCGCCGCCGCCGGCGCCGCGCCGCGCGCGCCCGCGCAGCGCAUCCCCGCGCACCGCUUCGUGCUGGCGGCCGGCAGCGCCGUCUUCGACGCCAUGUUCAACGGCGGCAUGGCCACCACGUCGGCGGAGAUCGAGCUGCCGGACGUGGAGCCCGCGGCGUUCCUCGCGCUGCUGCGAUUUCUGUAUUCAGAUGAAGUUCAGAUAGGCCCGGAAACAGUGAUGACUACGCUGUACACUGCUAAGAAGUACGCCGUCCCAGCCUUGGAGGCGCACUGCGUGGAGUUUCUCACCAAGCACCUUAGGGCAGACAACGCCUUCAUGUUGCUCACGCAGGCUCGAUUAUUUGAUGAACCUCAGCUUGCUAGUCUCUGUCUAGACACGAUAGACAAGAGCACGGUGGACGCACUCAGUGCAGAGGGGUUCACUGACAUUGAUAUAGACACACUGUGUGCAGUUCUAGAAAGAGACACACUCAGUAUUCGAGAAAGCCGACUUUUUGGAGCUGUUGUGCGCUGGGCAGAAGCAGAAUGUCAAAGACAGCAGUUGCCUGUGACUUUCACCAACAAGCAGAAAGUCCUAGGAAAAGCACUGUCCUUGAUCCGUUUCCCUCUGAUGACGAUUGAGGAGUUUGCAGCGGGCCCCGCUCAGUCUGGGAUCCUGUCGGACCGGGAGGUGGUAACGCUCUUCCUCCACUUCACCGUGAACCCGAAGCCCCGCGUGGGCUACGUGGACCGCCCCCGCUGCUGCCUGCGUGGCAAGGAGUGCUGCGUCAGCAGGUUCCAGCAGGUGGAGAGUCGCUGGGGCUACAGCGGGACCAGCGACCGGAUCAGGUUCACCGUAAACAGAAGAAUCUCCGUGGUCGGGUUUGGCUUGUAUGGGUCUAUUCAUGGUCCCACGGAUUACCAAGUGAACAUACAGAUCAUUGAAUAUGAAAAGAAACAAACCCUGGGACAAAAUGACACCGGAUUUAGUUGUGAUGGGACUGCUAACACCUUCAGGGUCAUGUUCAAAGAACCUAUAGAGAUCCUGCCCAACGUGUGCUACACCGCCUGUGCAACACUCAAAGGUCCAGACUCUCACUACGGCACAAAAGGAUUGAAGAAAGUGGUACACGAGACACCUGCUGCGAACAAGACUGUUUUCUUCUUCUUCAGUUCCCCUGGCAAUAACAAUGGGACCUCCAUCGAAGAUGGGCAGAUACCAGAAAUAAUAUUUUAUACAUAGUGCUAAGUGGUACCAUACAGGCUCAUCUCAAAAGCAUAAAUAACCCACCACAAAAAAAAAAAAAUAGUAUGAGUGUCAUGACUAUUUAUAAUUGUAGGAUAAGAAACAUUUUAGUUUCUUAGAGGAAGUAGAAAAAUGCUGAUUUAAAUCUCUGCAUGAUUUGAAAGCAGAAUUUUCAUUUUCUUAUACCGUAGGGGGAAAGAGAACUGGGGUUAAUUGUAUAAAGAAAAGCACAGAUAGUUCAGCCUUAUCUUGAAUAAUUUCAUAGAUCAGCUGACUCAUGGUCUUUCAAUGGUUUUGAAAUUGAAAGAUAUUUGGUUUAUAUAGCAGAGUUUAAAAAAAAUUGUUUUAACUAUUUUAAAGGUUAGCAAGAUGGGUCAGUAUUCCUACAGAAUUCUUAUUAACUAAUUUCGGAAAGUUAAAAUGGACUUUAUUUUUUGGGUUUUGAAACACCUGGUUGUUAGCAUUUGAAACAACCCUAAACAUAGGUCUAAUAAAUGCCCAAUGCAUUAAAAAUGUCCAGUGCGCUUAGAGAAGGAUGUUUUAUAAUAGCCUAGCGAUGUAUUACAUAGUGCAGUUUUGUAGAUGUGCGUGAGUUUGUAUACUCACAAUAAUGUGAUAUAAAAGAGGACCUCAAUGUGCA